AUGGCUCUCGUGCAAUAUCUCUCUCUCCGCCUCGUCGAGGAUCCACACAGUACAAACCGUUCCGCGUGGCGUUUAGCUAAACCGAUCAAAACUGUCAGACUACGUCCUGCUGCCGAGCUCGGUUCUAUCAAGACCGUCAUCCUUACAGCCGGUGUAUCCAGCGCCACAAACGACACCCAGCUGAUCUACGCCACCAACCUCACCGGCAUCGCUCUUGUUCUCGACAUCUUUCUCCCCCUGGUGCCUCCCGGAAGCUCCCUGAUCAUCAUUGCUUCGGUGGCCGGUCACCUGCUCCCGCGGAACCCGGAUCUGGAGACCCAUAUGGCGACAGCCCCGACAGCAUCCCUCCUCAUGCACCAUGAGCUGGAACGCGAUACAGACCCGAGCCACGCUUAUGGUGUCUCCAGGCUUGGUUGCAUCGUCCGUGCUCAGUAUAGUGCGGCUAGGUGGGUUCGCAAAGGAGUCCGAAUCAACACCGUCAGCCCCGGGGCUAUUGAGACCCCUAUGCUUGGUCAAGUUUUACGAUCGGAGCAGGGACCCUUUGCGCAAAGCAUGAUUGACAACACCACACUUGGAAGGACGGGGACGCCUGACGAGAUUGCCGGGAUAGUUGAGUUUCUGGCUGGGCCAAAUGCAGGCUUGAUGGCUGGAUCUGACCUGAUUGUCGACGGCAGCGUCUUGUCGAUGCAGCGAUGGCCUGGAGGCAUCGCGGAAUGA